AUGGCCUCCAAGUCUUCCUCCUCUUCUCAUCAUUUGUCUAUAAAGCAGAAAAAGUUUCUUAUUCUCACGCUCUUCUGCAUAGGCUUCACGCUUUCUCUACUUUCAAUGAAGCCCAAAAGAGUCUCCAUUGCCACCAGUACAUUAUUUGAGAAAGAUAAAAGAAAACCUGUUUGGUUUGAUGUCAUAGAGAAAAACAACGGUAGAAAGAGGAUCAAAUUAGGUCUAGUUAAUGUUGAUACAAGAGUUGAUAUUGGUCUAUAUGAGCAACUACAUGCACUGCACCCACAAGUGGAGAGUGUGUGUGUUGAUUUUGAUCAUGUUGAUGAGAGCUUGAAGUGGAAAGACUUUUUCCCUGUGUGGAUUGAUGAAUAUGGAAAAUGGAGUGGUCCAAAGUGCCCGGAUUUGCCUAUGCCAACGUGGGAGAUGUACCGAGAUCUCAAUGUGGUGGUAGCAAGAGUUCCAUGUGGCAGUGGCAUUAGAGAUGUGUUUAGGUUGCAAGUUAACUUGGUGGUGGCUAAUUUGGCGGUGGAGAGUGGAUGGGUGGACAAGUUGGAUGCUUAUGAGCCUGUGUAUGUUGUGUUUAUUGGGUCUUGUGAUCCUAUGGUGGAUAUUUUCAAGUGUGAUGACCUAUUGUUGCAUCAAUCAGGUGAGUAUUGGGUUUACAAGCCUGAUUUGGUGAGCCUCAGACACAAAAUGCUUAUGCCAGUUGGUUCAUGCCAGAUUGCUCCUGGUUAUGCAGAAAUAGGUAAGGAGGUAAGGAGUGGCUAUAUGUCACAGUCACAAGCAACAUUGAAUAACAAUUACACCAUUAUUCGGGUCCCAAAAUUAGCCUAUGUGACAGUUCUCCACUCUUCAGAAGCUUAUGUGUGUGGUGCAAUAGCUCUAGCACAAAGUAUCCGUCAACACAACAACAACAACCAAACCACAGACCUACUCCUCCUUGCUGAUGAAUCCAUUGGUCCCAAAUCCCUAAGAGGUCUAAAAUCAGCAGGGUGGAAGAUCAAACGCAUCAAACGUAUCCUAAACCCUUUUGCCGAAAAAGGUUCAUACAACGAGUGGAACUAUAGCAAGUUAAGAAUGUGGCAACUAACCAUGUAUGACAAAAUAAUCUUCCUAGAUGCUGAUCUUCUUGUCCUAAAGAGCAUCGAUGAUCUCUUCAAUUACCCUCAAUUAUCAGCAUCUCCUAAUGACUUCACCAUGUUCAAUUCUGGGUUGAUGGUCAUUGAGCCAUCCAUGUGCAUGUUCGAAAACUUGAUGAAGAAAAGUUUGGAUGUGAAACCGUAUAAUGGAGUUGACCAAGGUUUGGUGAACGAGGUGUUCACGUGGUGGCACCGGUUGCCAAUGAAACUAAACUACGUGAAGAGUUUUGAAGAGAUUCCAGAAGACUUGCAUGUGAUGCAUUACUUGGGUUUGAAGCCGUGGAUGUGUUACAGAGAUUAUGACUGUAAUUGGGACGUGAAGGAACUUCAUAUUUUUGCUAGUGACUUGGCUCAUCACAUGUGGUGGCAGGUUUAUGAUAGCAUGUCCAAAGAGUUGAAAUCCUUUUGUGGCCUUACAAAGAAAAUGGAGGAAAGGAUAGUGCAACGGAGAAUAUGGGCAAGGAAUGCCAAUUUGUCUGAUGGGCACUGGAAGAUUGAGGUUAAGGAUAGUAGAAGGACAUUAUGAGGAUUUGGAUUACAUUUGGAGAAUAAGGAAUGACUAUAUUAUUAAUGAGCCUGUCUCUACUCUCUAUGAUGUCAGAUUUGAGUCAACUUAAUUUAUUAUGUACACAAUUAGAAUUAUGUGAAAUAUAACAAUUUUCUUACAUUUCAUUGGGGGUAUAUGCUUCUAUAUUCAAAAAAGUCGCUCAAAGAA